GUUGACACUAUUCCCUGUGUGUGCGUUUCCUUUUCCCAGCCUGGCCGCGGUACCGCGUCAUGCGCGUCCACGACCUGGGCCAGUACAACCUGGAGAUCCUGUCCGCGGAGCUGUCCGACGACUCGCUGUACGAGUGCCAGGCCCCCGACGCUGCCCUACGCUCCCGCAGGGCCAAGCUCACCGUCCUCAUCCCCCCUGACGACCCGGUGAUCGACGGGGGUCCGGAGGUGCUGCUGACGGCGGGGGAGUCCUACAACCUGAGCUGUGUGUCCCGCGGAGCCAAGCCUCGCUCCAACAUAGAGUGGCUCAAAGACGGCCUACCUGUGGCCGGCGCUGUGGCCACCGAUGAAGUGCUGCCGGACAGGAAGCGGGUGACCACGCGGAGCUACCUGCCCAUCGAGCCAGUGGACGGGGACACGGGGAAAAACUACAGCUGUGUGGCCACCAACCUGGCCAUGCCCACCGGGAAGACCACUACCGUCACUCUCAACGUGCACCACCCCCCCACGGUGACCCUGUCCAUCGAGCCCCGCUCCGUCCUGGAGGGAGACCGGGUGACCUUCACCUGUCAGGCUAAUGCUAACCCACCCAUCAUGGGCUACAGGUGGGCUAAGGGAGGCGUGGUGCUCCAGGGGGCUCGGGAGAGUGUGUUCACUACCAAGGCGGACCACUCCUUCUUCACCGAGCCCGUCUCCUGCCUGGUGUUCAACGCCGUGGGCAAGACCAACGUUAGCAUUCUGGUGGACGUGCACUUUGGGCCGAUCCUAUUGGUGGAGCCCCAGCCCCAGACGGUGGACAUGGACUCCGACGUCAGCCUCAACUGCAAGUGGGGGGGCAACCCGCCACUCACCCUCACCUGGUUUAAGAAGGGCACCAACAUGGUGCUCAGCAACAACCAGCUGCUGUACCUGAAGUCCGUGAGCCAGGCGGACGCGGGCCAGUACGUGUGCAAGGCCAUCGUGCCGCGCAUCGGGGUGGGCGAGACGGAGGUCACCCUCACCGUCAACGGCCCCCCCAUCAUCUCCAGUGAUCCAGUCCAGUUUGCCGCCAGGGGGGAGCAUGGAGAGGUCACAUGUUACAUCGCCAGCACCCCCCCGCCCGACAAGAUUGUGUGGGCGUGGAAGGAGAACGUGUGGGAGAAGGAGCGCGGCACGCUGCUGGAGCGCUACACGGUGGAGCAGAGCCGGCCGGCGGGCGACGGCGCCGGGGUGCUCUCCACCCUCACCAUCAACAACAUCAUGGAGGCCGACUUCCUGUCCACCUACAACUGCACCGCCUGGAACGCCUUCGGGCCCGGCACCAUGAUCAUCAGCCUGGAGGAGAAGGAGGACCCUCCGGUCGGGGUUAUUGCCGCUGCGACGGUGGGCGGAACCAUCCUCUUCUUCCUCGGCCUGCUGGUGCUCGUGCUCAUCUUCUACCGCCAGCGCAAAGGCAGUCGCCGCGGGGUCACCCUGGGUAAGCCAGACAUCAAGGUGGAGACGAUCAACAAGGAGACCCACAGCUUGGAGGAGGACUCUGGCAGCGUGUCCACCGCCUCACGCAUGGUCAAAGCCAUGUACUCGUUUCUCCCCUCUGUGUCUUUCUCUCCGUCCAACCAGCCGUUCAAAGACGACAUCGAGCUCAAGUCGGACAUGCGCAGUGAAACGCUAGACACCCGCCAGGAGUACGACUUGAAGGACCCCACCAACGGCUACUACAACGUCCGCGCCUCCACCCACGACGAGGCGGGCCGCCCGGCCUCCCGCUCCACCCUGCACUACUCGGACUACCGCUCCCCCUCCGGCACCCCGGGGGGCGCCACCUCCCUCAGCGGCAGCAGCAGCGCGGGGGGCUCGGGCGCCACGGCCAGCGGCGGUGGCGGCGGUGGCGGCGGCGGCGGCGGCGGCGGCAGCAUCAGCGGCGCGGAGCGCGUCGGCGGCCCCCCGCCCGGCCCCCUCACCUCGCCCGGGCGGCCCCAGGCCUGCUACGACCCGCGCCCCCCCUCCAGACUCUCCCACAUCAGCUACGCCCAGUUCAACACCUUCACCCGCGGCGGGGGCAGCGGCGGCGGCGGCGGCGACAGGGGCGGCGGUCAGAACCAGCAGCUGCCCCAGGGCAACGCCCCACCCGGGCCCCCGCUGCAGCAGGCCGGGGACUUCCCCGGGGACUGCGGCGGCGGCGGGCUCCUGGACGCGGGCCCCCAGCAGCUGGCCUACGACAACUACGGCUACCCCUCGCACUACUCCUCCUACCGCAUGGGCUUCGCCCCGGCCAGCCUGGCCCCGCUGGAGGCCGGGCCCUCCUACGAGAUGUACAGCGUGGGGGGCCCUCCGGGCCUCGGCCCCAGCGGCAUGGGCCCCAGUGGCAUGGGCCCGCCUGGCCUCGGCCCUAGUGGCAUGGGCCCGCCUGGCCUCGGCCCUAGCGGCAUGGGCCCCGGCGGGCAUGGCCCCAGCGGGAUGGGCCCUAGCGGGAUGGGCCCCAGUGGUCAUGGUCCCAGUGGUAUGGGCCCUAGCGGUAUGGGCCCUAGCGGUAUGGGCCCCAGUGGGAUGGGCCCCAGCGGUCAUGGUCCCAGCGGUAUGGGUCUCAGCGGUAUGGGCCCCAGCGGAAUGGGCCCUAGCGGAAUGGGCCCUAGCGGUAUGGGCCCCAGCGGGAUGGGCCCCGGCGGUCUAGGCUCCAGCGGUUCGUUGGGUCCCGGUGCCCCCGGUGGAGGAGUGGGGCCGGGGGCCGUGGGAGGUCCCCCCGGGGGGCUGGGUGGGGGACCCCCGCCAGGGCCGGAGGCUCCGGGACUGGGGGGGAAGUACGGCAGUUCCACACGCUUCUCCUACACGUCGCAGAACUCCGAGUACUCACACAGCCGCCACACACAGCGCAUGCAGACUCACGUGUGAGGGGGAGGGAGGGAGAGGGGG